UGUUGUCAAAAUGAUAAUGAGCGGCGGAUUCGCGAUUGAUUUACUUCGAACAGCUUAGCUGUGAAAUUACAUUAAGAAACAUAAUGACAUGUUUAACCAUUGAAAAUCCGGUCGGUUGUUAAUUCAAAACGUCAGCGUAAAUGUUUAUAAAUAAAAUGAGAUACAGACAACUGAGGACCGCAGAAACACCAGUGAACCGGCAAGUAUAACAUCUCAGGGAUCCGCAGAAACACUAACGACGGCAACGGAGCAAUUUCAUUCGAUCUUACUUCUUUAAAAAAAAAAUGACAAUUUUAUUUAUUGCGAAGUAAUUUGUCUUUUUACUGUUUGAAGAUCGAAAGAUAGGCACGUUACCACAACAAGCCGUGUUCAAAGGAAUGAUUAUUGUCAUUACUCAUAUAAAGGAUUUAUUACAUUACGGAGGAGGAAAGGAACAUUAACAAUUCAUUUUAUCCGAAAGAUAAAAUAGGAAAGGGACUUGAGUUGUGCAAUUUUCAGAGUACAAUUAAACGAUCUGGUAGAGACAUAAACAGAAGAACAUAUGCACUGUUUCUACUUUCGUGACAGGACGUAAAUACAAUAAAGCAUGAAAUGAAAAUAUUAAACAUGCUGAUCGUUGGGAUUUUAUUUCCAUAAAAGAAUCCACAAACUUAUAUAUUGAAAAAAAAAGCUUUCGUGGAAAUGGAAUUGACUGUGUUUACGAAAUGACAUUUUGGACGGUAUAUAUAUUAACGAUAUUUGUAGCUGCACCUCUCAUCUUAGGUAUCCCAUUAAGAACUUCUGAUUUGGGCCAAAAUGGACACCUUGUACACUACCACAGAGACGAGUUGUCCGGCGGACAUAGGCGGCACAUACACUACCGUCCAGCAUCCAAGCGCACCAGUCGCUUCCACAAAACAUCUAGAAAUACAUUUUUCAAAAACCAAGGCACGCCAGUUAAUCCUGCCGCCGCCAUAUAUGAAGUCCCUAGCAACAGACACUAUAAUGAUGCAAUGGCAGGCAGAGUGGCGAUUGAGCUACGAUCUUUGGUUGAUAGAACUAAUAGUGAAAGUAAUAAUACUACCGACAUGAAAAGCGAUAAUAGUGAUAGCGGAGAUAAUAAUAAUAAUAAUGGGAAACAUGACAAUAAUAAUGGAAAAUAUGAGACUAAUAACGGAAAAUAUGACACUUAUCACGAACAUGCUGCACACAGACUUCAAAACAGAGAUGCACCCACACCACCCUCCGAAGCGCUUCCAAAUGGAAACGUUCAUUUUCCCAUUGAAGCACUUCCGCAUGGACUGCAAUUUUUAAAUAGACAGUCGCAAGAACGGCAGCUACAAAAUCAGGCCAGCACCGCACCUGAACAAUCAAAUGGAAUGUCUUUGGAUCUAAAUACACUUCUUGGAGAAAUUCUUGAGACAACAACCAGUCCGAGUGUCACUCCCUCAGAUUCUUUUAUGUCCAACAGCCCCUCUCUAGACAUAGCAUUCUUGCUCGGAGACUUAGGAAGUGCUGCAAACGACCCAGGACAAAACCUAGGUCAUCAAGGCCACCACCAUGGUCACCAAGGUCACAGCCAUGGUCUUCAGAGUCACGAUCAUGGUCAUCAAGGUCACGACCAUGGUACUCAAGGUCAAGGUCAUAGUCAUCAAGGUCAUGACAUUGGCCAUGGUCAUCAAGUACACAGCCAAAAUCAUGAUCAUGGACACGGAGCGCAUCCGCACGGGCACGAUAUGAACACAGGAAACAAUAACGGUCCAAAUAGAAAUUCGAUCCAUGACAAAGUAAUCAACUCGAAAGCAUCCGGUCGGCUCGAAAAUCUGUUCAAUGGGAAGUUCAAUCAACACUCUUCACAUGCUCCUCACUCUUCACAUGCUCACCACGGUCACGGCGAUCAUUUUCAUCAUGAAGUAAAUACACUUCCAAGCACUAACACAGUCGCCGCGGGAUCACAUUACCAAAAAUCUACCAUGCAUACUCGACCAAUUACGAAACGUGGUGUGAAUGACGGUGAUUCUAUCUCUAAAUUUCCUAAAACAUUUAUUGAUAACAUACUUAAUAUAAAAAUAGGGAGCACAACACCUCCCCCUGUGGCAGUGCAAACAACACGACCAACAUGGUACAAUGGAUAUAUAACUACGCCGAGAUCUGUAGAAACCCAGGUUGAACGCCUUUCUGGAACAGACCUGAACAGUGUUAGACAGGCAAAUCGGGGAUUGAUUCGGAAAGAUGCGUCUUCUAGUUACGUUCAGACUCCGCAAGAAACAACAACAACGCCAUCAAUUGUUUCUCCAACGCCAAAAGAACUGGUCCAUUUGCAGGGCAUUCAUAUCAUGUUUUCUGAUGGGAAACAAGAUAAUACUGGUACAAUACCUACAGUACACCUUACUGCAUCCUUAUCUGACAAUGUUAACCACCUUCUUAAGAUGGCUUCAGGCGGUUCAAAUGCAGCACCUGAGUUACCUAACGUCACCUCUAUAACUGACAAAAUCACAGGUACCGCUGUUAUAAGAGACGGACAUCUCUAUCUGGUUGUAUACCCCUUUGGGAAUAACAAAUCGUUAGAGCUUCAUUAUAACCAGUCGACAAAACGUAUACCUAUGCCGCGCAAUAAACCUGUUUCGUUUUCCGGUGUAAACAAACCACAAUUUCAAACGCCUACGCCUCACUUCACCGAACCCGUUAAACCAACUGUUUCUUUAAAGACUGCUUCUUCAAGUCGUCCAAGCGGUCAUCCAAGUUCAGUUAAACCAACUUCACAAACGAAAGUAUCAAGCACCGGCCAUGCUGACCACCAUCACGUUUCUACAGGUUCAGAUAUUCAUUCUACUUCUCACACACAUGGCCACGUGUCAAAACCGGAUGUAUCUACAAACGCUGGCAAGAAAACACAUUCGCACGCGCACGGUCAUCACCAACAUCAUCAGCAUAAUAUGCAUCAUCCUGGGAGCCCCACACCAUCUUUGACAGGUCUAAAACUUGCGGAAGUAAAUGAUACAACGCUACAAACACUUCUAGCUCCCAUUGACAGAUUUGUCUCACCAUGGGAUUCACUUAACUUUUCUAAAGUAUUUCCUUAUUCCGCAGGUAAUUCUAGUAAUAAAACAUCAUCAAAGAAAACACUCGAAGAAGACUCUGAAGUAGACGUUGUAACAUUUGUUGCGAAGGCGACUGAUCCAUUUAAUCGAAUGAAAGUUAUCAUAGAAUCCCUUGUAAACAAAACAUUAUCCUCUGACACAGGAAAUAUGACAAACGCUAAGCCAGAAGCUAGAUUUAAUUUCGAGUUAAAACUUCAGGCAUCUAAUUCACAGAAUACUAAGGACAAUUUACCAUCUACUACAAAUCCAAAUAAUUCAGAAGAAAGAGCAUUUGACACAAAUGUAAAAAGUACCACCACUGCAUCAGUUCUUGUGACAGAUUUCUCAACUACUGUGAAACCGUUUGGUGAAAUUACGCAAGACAGUUUUGGGAGGUCCAGCGCUGAAAUUACAACGCCGUCAAAAUCCAUACCGAAUGUGCUAAAUGGUGGAAAUAGCUUGCAGACGACGACGGAAAUAAAUCUGCCAGAUGUUGUGACAAAAUCAACCACUAACAUGCCAGAUGUUAACAACAGAGAUAACGCUGGUAAUUCCCCAGCGGUUCCACCAACACCAAAUAUGCAUUCAAAAUUCGACAGUAUUUUGCAUGUGUCUGAAAAUAUUGCUCCGUCUACUACAUCAAGGACAAACAAAAGACCAAGCGAUUUCUAUGGCACAACGGUGUCCUACGUUCCAAACUACACAAAGAGGACGUUUGUUAGACAACCCACAUACCAAAUAACAACACCAUCGUCUCCAAAGGUAUUCCCAGAAAAUCGCAAAACUAUCCCGCGUAAUAUGCAAGUCAGUCAGCGGCGUACUACAGUGUUGGGAUCAAACUUACAACCGUUCGUGCAAAGGACCUCUCCAAAUCGGUUCCGUCAGGGCUUGAAUCGCGGACAGUCAGAACAAAUCAUUUCACUCGCUGAUAUCCUGAACGAUAUAAGACGUAUUCAGUUGCAUAAUAUGCAAAGGUUUAACAUACAGAACAACAACUUUGACACAAUGAUACUAAAUGAAGCCCAACAGAAACCCGUUAUACGAACACCCAUAGUCAUGGAAGGUCCUGUGAUUAGGGAAACAUCCACAAGACGGUACUCUGACUUCCCAGCUUUUAGAAACAAUAGACGACAAAUUCAUCAUCAGAAUUCUAAUCACAUAACCCCAACUCCAACCCCUGUUCAACGGCGAUUUGGUCGCCAAGCACCGCGCGAUUCCGCCAUGGAGGCAAUGCUUGUGUUAUCAGUGGACGACAUAAUGGCUGAUCAAACAGAAUUACAUGGUGCGAUUGUCGUUUCUCAUCGGAGAGAUCCAGCUGCCAGUAACAGUAUAUGAGUUAAUACAAAUCUCUACGGACAGUGCGAUUUGGGAAAAUGUCAAACAAAAAAACACGUCCUGUUUAUUUCUUAUCGCUUUAGAAAUGGCGGAAUAAGAGUGAGGAGACAUCGACAAAUUGAGAUUUGUUGAUCAUGUGUGACGUUUAUGGAUGUAAACAGUAGUGUUUUAUGCAUGUGCCAAAAUUUAUAUUGAUGCUGAUAGUUGCAGAUGAUAUAGGGAAGAUAAAAAAUGUCCAAUUAUGUAACUGAAUUCGGUGUGCCGCAGCAAUUUCAAUCUCAUAUUGUAAAUGCGUUGGAGUCAGUUUAGUUUCACGAGGUAAUCGACCUCUGUGUGAUGCUCAAACUUGCAUUUCACGGAUGUUUUUGAAAAACAAAAAAAUGAUGGAUAUUUUUCUUGAGCAUUACUUAAAACGACAAAAUACAAUCGCUCAAAUGACAGAAAAACUUCUAAUUUGAUUAAUUUAUCAUGCAGUAAUGAUCAGUUAGCCAAAAUAUUAAUUGAUCUAAAUUGACUGUGAUUGUGUUACAUAAACUAUUGUUGACUUAUUUUAUUGCGACCUUUUCAAUUCAAAAAGUAACAUGUUCAUUGUUUGUUGAAACCAGUGGGAACGUUUGUCCAUUUGAAAAGUAAAGUCGUGUAAAACUGUGUUCAAGCUCUUGAAUUAUGUCUGAUAGGCAUACAUUGGGACAGCCAUGUUUGUACUGAACUCCGGUGUUAUUCAUGCAUGAGCAAAGAGUAAGCCUUUUUCCGAUGAUGAAAAGAAUGAUCAAAGAGAAGACUAACUACAUUUAGUCAUUAACAAUGGCAUAAAUCAGUGAAUCAUACGUUGAGUGCGGAGAAAAGUAGAAUAACUGGUACCGGCAGAACACAGAAUAUUUAUAUUUAUUCAGAAUAUAAUGACACAAGAGCUAGUGGUAUCAGAUGUGAAUUAUAUGUCCAGUAUACUGGAAACUAAAGAUAUGCGCUUGCCAUUGUCAAAUCUCUCAACAUGAAAGUGACAUUGUCAAAGGGAAUUUGUUUUGAUACUAGACAUUCAAGUUAGGUUGAACUUCUUUCCAUGUGUUGUAAUGGAAACCACACAAUUAAAUUUGGAGAUACACUCAAGAAAGUUAAAACCGCAACAUCUAUUUGCGGCAUAUAUUUUAGUCCUACAUCUUGUAUCAAAACAUUGUUAUAUACAAAAUAUUAUUCAUUAAAUCCGACCAAAUUAUAAAGUGGUUUCAUUCGUGAUACUUGAAACAUGAAAAUUGUCAUCUCUCUAUGCAAGUGUAUCUCGUGUUGUAAUUCAUGCCAUACCUGAUCUACAACAUGCAUUUACAAAAAUGGAAUGUUACUUAAUGCUGAAGUCGAGUAUAAACUCACGAACCACGAUUCCGUCAAAAUCGCCCGACUGUUUUGAAAAAUUAUACAAGUCGUUAUCGAUUUUUUUUUAUUCUUAUAAAAAAAUAGGCGUCUAUCAAAAAUCGUUUUUGGAAGUAUUAUUAUGCCACAGGGCCAGUCACCAUUCCUUUUUUUCGGUAUGAGGGAGUCGGCGAAAGUAUUCCGGGUAACCUGCGAUAUAGGAAACCUUUUUGCGACAUCAAUAAAUAAACGUUUUUAAUUAUGUCAGCUAUGAAAUUUUAAUAAUUUUACAGAAAAAAGCACGAUUGAUACCCGGAUUUUUAUAUAUUUAGAUAUGAUGAAUAUACAGGCUGCAAAAAUCUUUCUGGAACAUUUUUUUUCAAUGGUCAGAUGUAGCGUGUUUAAAUUUCUUGAGUGUAUUUUAUUUGUUUUGUAAGCAGUAUAGUAUCAAUGGGAACCAUGGGUUUCGAUGCAAUGUUUUUUCACUAAAGAAAUGCAUGUAUGUGUUUCCUAAAGAUCUUCUUGCAGACUGCAUUCUUAGUUGAUGAAUAUGUUCAGUAUAAAUCAAGUCAUGUUUGCAGCAGAUGGUUUGCCCUUUUCUACUGCAUACAUUACUCCAUGUCUGUCUUAAACAAUAUUAAUGGUUUCCUGUUAACUUUUAGUGGUAACAUUCCGUUGAAUAAAUUAUGUAAAUUA